AUGCGUGGGUCGUGGCCGCUGCUGACAGGGCUGCUACUACUGUGUGGCAUGGUUUGCGGGAACCAAGAAACCAUAAGCCAAAAGUAUCACGAUGUUUGCUCAGGGAUGUAUUCCAAGAAGGAUUUCAACGGAAAAAUUGAGCCAUUUAUAUCGUUUACAUUGGAGGAACUGUCACUUAAUGAAGAAGACGAUUCCGGUGAGGGGAUCAGCGUCGCUGUGUUCGAUUUCCAAGAUUACGAGCACAUUGGUGUACGGUUACCCAAUGGGGAAAUUCAGUACAUUUGCGAUGACUACGCACUUGAUUUGAGUUUGUGCGAUGAUUCAUCUCUGGGGAAAUUCAUCAUCCAAGAGGUCGCCACCGAUCCGUUCACCAGUAAGGAACAUAACUUGACUAGUCCAAUUUUGACUUUCACUCAACAAGAAUUGGGCACGCACGAGAGGACGUACCCGAUCAAGAAAACUGGUUAUUAUUGCGUAACCACAUCGUCUUUCACUUCUUCCAGAUCUAAGUUCCGGGCUACGGUGAAUUUCAGAAACGCUUACGGCGAAUUGGAUGCCUCAGAGGCAUAUAAGCUGCCCAUUUAUGCGUUUUUGGCCAUUGCUUAUGCUAUCUGCACGUUAGCGUAUUCUUGGCUAUGUUGGAAACACAGACACGAAUUACUACCUUUACAAAAAUACAUUUUAGUGUUUCUUGUUUUCUUAACAGCUGAUACAAUAUUCGUCUGGAUGUACUAUGUUAUUGAGAAUCAGAAGGGAAACUCUAGCGUGGCCCUUCGCAUAUACAUGGUUUUCAUAUCGAUCUUUAGUGCCGGUAAGAUAACUUUCACGUUCCUCCUCGUUUUGCUAAUAUCUUUCGGCUAUGGUAUAGUGUAUCCAAAAUUGGAACGUACAUUACUAAGAAGAUGUCAGAUAUUUGCUGCGUUUACGUUUGCAGUAUGUGUUGCAUUCUUAGUCCAAAAAUACUCCCAAAACUCCGAGUCUUUAUCCAAUUUGAUUUUAAUUACUGCUAUCCCAUUGGUACUAUGUCUAUUUGCUUUCUAUUAUUUGACCCUUUCUUCAAUGAACAAAACAAUGACUUAUUUGAGAGAACAAAAACAAGUGGUAAAAUUAAACAUGUACAGAAAACUGAUCAUUUUAUGUUACAUUUCGUUAUUUGUACUAUUCUUAGGCCUACUGGUCUCUACUUUUGCCUACGCUGGUAUGGAUACCGUUGACAUGAUUGAACAAUACUGGAAGACAGAAUUUCUGAUUACAGACACCUGGCCCAGCUUUGUUUAUUUCGUGGUAUUCAUCGUUUUCGCGUUCUUUUGGAGACCUACGAGCACCUCCUACUUACUGGCAUGCUCGCAUCAAUUGCCAACUGAUAUGGAAAAUGUAUCUGAGUUCGACUUAGAUGAUAUAAAUUCUUUGUCUGAUGAGGCGCUGCCCGAGAGAGGAGCACGCAACGAUUAUCAAGGGCAGGAUCACAGCAUGGAUAUUGAUUUAGCAUCCGAUUUCGAAGAAGUGCCAAGUGCUAACGCAAAUGCACGUGCGGAUGACGAUGUUUUGUUCGACAUAGAUUACGGGAAGGAUACAAAAAUCGACAGACACGCUGCAUAG